AUGAGAAGGCUCAGCGUCCCGGAACUUAGAGCCAAUGCUGCAAAACAACAUGAGGACAAUGGCCCCGCGUCACCGGCUUUCAGUAAAAUACAGCAUGUUGCUGGCUUUCCGAAUUUGAUCGAACCUCGCGAACAUAACCCACCAGACAUAUAUUGCCGUGCUCUUUCUAUGUUAGGCAACGGAUUUCCAACGUGGAUUGGCUACACACCACAACUACCAGAGCCAUAUUCCAAGCGAUCCGUGGAGGUGGGAGAUGUCGGAUAUUUAAACGAGUGGGGCAAUUUCGUAUUUGUAUUCAAUCUUUUUCUCCCAAGCAACGAUCCUUUGAACCAGAUGUUUACCGAGGGGUUUCCAGAGGGAUACUUCCCAUUGGAACCUCCCACCGACAACGAGAUCUUGAGAAUACCUGAUUAUUUUUUGCCUGGAUCUGUUAUUGUAAGUAAUGGUGUCGAUGUCACUCGGGUUUCUGAAUCUCCUCCUCACCUCAAGUUCAAGUCUUCGGAGCCAGAAGCGGUCGCUCUUUCUCUGCCGGGUGGUGCUAGCAGAGAAGAGUUCAAAGGCAUAUCUCGCUUUCAGGAAUACAUAAAUACACACGCUGAACGUUGGAUACAAUACUUCAACAACGGGAAAGUGCCGUAUCGGAUUCCUAACGGUGGCAUCUAUAUCAUCACAGGAUGCGAUAAAGCGCCAUCGUUCUCAGCAGCCAUCUUUCCUCGCAAAGGCUUUCUAGGGAGUAGGUGCACAUCUUUUGAAUUCUCGAAUAAUCACAUGCAUUGCGGACCUCAAGAGAGACUCCACGUCUAUCAGAGGGACGGGCCUAAAGGUCAAGAAUAUUGUUUGUUUAUCCGCGGAAUAAAGCUAGCACUUUCCGACCCUGAAUGGAACUGGCAAGUCAACGACAUACCCCCUGAGGAUACGCCCAUUUCCUCAUUGCCCUCAAAACCCCCAACUUCAGACAAUAUAACCCCUCCAAAGACAGACAAAAAAGAAUCUAUUCACCAGGGAUCUGAUGUCAGUAACAACGAACUAAGCCGCAGUACCAACAGGGACGGCAGCAACCACAGUACUGACAAUGAUCCUGACGACAGCAGCACUGAUAGCGAUGAUAAUGAGAGCAAUAAAGAACGGCAGGUUCGGGUUCGUAAUUAUCCAUUUCAUCCAUCAGAUCUUAUUCUGCAAGUCAUGUUUUCAAAGCAUCCAGAUGCUAGGCUAGCUCUGGUUGAUGAUUACAUAUGGUCGCGUUUUGCAAACAUUGGUCAGGAUACUGGAAUUCGAGAGCUCUCCAGGGCACCAUUGAUUUCCAGGUGUAUGCAAAGUAGCUUCAUCUCUGAUUGGGGCUCUCUGAUGGAAGCAAUUUUCAAGUCGCAUAUCAUUGUCGAGACUGACGAAGACAUUGGCGUGCCGCCGACUUCCAGUAAAAUUCAACAUGUGGCUGGCUUUCCGAACUUGAUCGAACCUCGUCAGCAUACUGCUUCAAACAUAUAUUGCCGUACACUUUUGAUGUCAGGUAACGGGUUUCCAUUGUGGAUUGCCACCAGAAUCGAAUUACCACAGCCCUAUUCCAAGAGAACUGUCGAGGUCGGCGACGUUGGAUAUAUAAAUGAUAGCGGCACCUUCAUAUUUGUAUUCAAUCUUUUUCACCCGAGCAAGGAUCCCUUGAACCAGCUGUUUCAAAUGGCGCUGCCAGAGGGAUAUGUGCCACUGGAUCCUCCUACAGACAACGAGAUUCUGAGAAUACCUGAAUAUUUCCCCCCUGGAUCUGUUAUUGCAACUAAUGGUGUGGAUGUCACUCGGGUUUCCGACUCGCCUCUUCACCUCAAAUUCAGGUCUUCGGAGCAAGAGGCGGUUGUUCUUGUUCUGCAGAAUGGUGCUAGCAGGGAAGAUUUAAAAGACAUAUCUCGCUUACAAGGAUACUUAAUGACACAUGCUGAAUCUUGGGUACGACAUUUGAACAACGGAAGACAAUUGUAUUCCGUUCCCAACGGUGGCCUUUAUGUUAUCACAGGAUGCGACAAAGCGCCAACUUACUCAACGGCUAUUUUCCCCUACAAGCACUUCUUAGGGAGUAGACAUACAUCUUUCGAAUUCUCCGAUAAUUACAUGCAACCUGCCAGUAAGCUUGGUAUCGUCUCUUAUGAAGGGCGUAGCUACGGGGCAGAUAUUCAAGAACAUUGUUUAUUUAUUCGCGGAAUACGGAUUGCACUUUCUGACCUUGAAUGGAAUGUGCAAAUCGACGAAAUACACUCCGACGAUACCCCCGUUUCGCAAUUGCCCUCAACUCCCCCUAUAUCAGACCUGGUGAUUCCCGCCAAGAUAGAUGACGAGGAGCCUCUUCAACUUGAGGCUGGGAUCAAUAACAAGGAAAUGAACCACAGUAUCGACAGUGACAGUGUGAAUAGCGACAUUGCUCAAAACAACAAUGUCGAAGUCCGUAAUGUUUUCCAGAACGGACCCCAACUGAACCUUUUGAGUCAACAGCGACCAGAUGCUAAACUGGCUUUCGUUGAUGAUUACACGUGGUCCAGAUUUGCAAAGACUGAUGAGAAGGUUGGACAUGGUAAACUCUCCAAGGCACCGUUAAUUUCUAGGUGUAUGCAGAGUGGCUUUAUUUCUGAUUGGGGCACUCUGCUGGAGGCCAUGUUUAAAUCCUGUCUCAUUGUCGAGACUGACGGGAUUUUGAAUCUUCAAAGCAACAACCUCCUCUUGAAUUCCUGGUUUGACAAAUUACGAAAGCGACUUCGCUCAAGACGUUCACCACCAGAACCUGUUUGGGAUACGGAUAUCAUUUUGGAUCUGGUUCGUCAAGGUGAAAGCAUCAGAGGCCCCGGCGAGAAAUUUCAAAUCAACUACUCGUGA